GCCGCGAUGCGCACUCGCGAGUAAAACGCAAAGUAGAUCGAGUCAGUAUUGGACGGGCACUCCACGGUGUCACGUGUGACGCUUUUUCGAUUUGGUCUACGAUCGAUCUCUUCGACGCGCGAAAUUUCUCGACGAAAAACGACGUAACGAACAACCGAAAGGUGAAACUACCGGUGCUUCAUUACGAAUAUCGGAUUACCCUUUCUCGCGAGACCUCGUGAGGCAGGGAAUUUGAAGAAGAGCGCAAUGUCAGCUGCGGUGAGGGAGAGAACGACAACGCACACCAGCAGAAAGAUCGUGAGUCAUGGUGGUCCUAUAUCUGGCCAGAGCCAGUCGACAACCACGGCCAACAGCCUCGAAAACAACUUAGAUGCUCUUCUCGAAGAUUUGCAAACAAGUGUCUCAAGAAGUACCACCCCUAGUCGCGGUGGCAGGGCACUUUCGCCUCAAGUGGAGUAUCGAGUAGCUGCGAAUCCUACCAAGAUUGUUUCCGAAGGCAGACCUAUUUCACCAACUCGAACGAUGACAACUACCACGGAAAAAUACGUGAGCACCGGGCCGAGUGGUGCACCAAGUGGUAUUCCCGGUUUGGAUUUCAUCGACUCAGAAUUACAGAAUGUGCAACCCGGGCAAAGUAAAACGAUCGCUUACAAACAGGUGUCGUAUCAAUAUAACAAAACUCUGGACGGAAAACCGAUUGAUUCAUGGACGGUCGACAAUGCGUUAACAAACACCAGUGCUGCUAUGAUCGAUGAUAUUCGAGAAAGGACCUACGAAGAAAGCACAAUGCAACGUGGCUUAGAACCGGUUGGCAAAUCUGUGAACAGAGAACUAGUGUACAGCGACAGUUCUACAUCUCGUUCCAAGCAAACUUCCCCUCUCCCGGCUGCUCAAAGGGACGUCAAAUACAUUCACGCAGAAUCUUCGAGCGGUUACCAAACAGAACCGGUACAACAAAAUACCGUGACGACCGUGCACACGACGAGCGCGGCCCAAGAAUACGGAAACGUGGAGUACAUCCCAGUUCCAUCGCCGACGCCAGCGGUGCCCAUCAACCUGGCACCGGGUCCGAACACGAAAGUGACGACCACCAUCAAGACGUACACGUACGAGUUGCCAGGGCCACCUGAAACCUAUCUACCAGGUGGCAACGUGCCAGGAACCGUGGUGUUGCCAGGUGAUCAAACCAUCACGUACACGAUACCGAAGGGAACCACCUCGACCACAGACAAAACGAUCACCUAUCAAACCGUGACCGAGAACGUGCCGUCUAAAACCCCGGCCAGAUACAGUAGCCCGCCGCCACCUGUAGCGGACGUCACCAAGAAAUCCACCACGAUUCACCAAGAGUCGAAAUUCUAUCGGGAGGAACAUCACGGUGGCAGGGUGACGAGUCACCCGACGACCACGUCCUAUCACCCUGGCUCGCCACCCAUAGAGAACAAAACGACGAUCACGAGAAACGAGAAGUAUUAUCAAGUGGACGGUACGCACCCGAAUGGAUAUCAUCCGGGCGGCGAUCAUCCGGGAACCACGGUGAUUUACCAGAAUCAACCGCCGAACGUAAGCGAGACCCACACAACUAUAAAUCGAAUCGAGGAACAUUAUCCUAGCCGGCCACCGUCCAGCGGACGACACCCGACACCUGAUAAACCGGGAACACCGGUUAAUUAUUAUACAUCGCCACCACAAUCUAGCGCCCAGCCGCAAUCCACCACUAUAUAUAAAUUAUCGAACACGACCACAACGAUACCACCGAACAAGAACCCCGAAGACCACGAGGUUUUGUUACCUAAACCGUUCCCGGUCGAGGAUGUUCGAGCCAAGCCUGUUAACAACGUGCAGACCCCUCCUAAAAAGUUGGAAGAUCUUAUGGCGUCGUUUUCCGACACGGAGCGCGAGGUACUGGAAGAUAUCGAAAAAAGGGAAAAAGAACAACAGAAAGAUUCGCCGGCAGUGAAAAAGGAAGUCGACUUUGUACCCCACACACCGCCGAAAGUGAAAAGUAAAAAUGUCGCAGGACCUCCGGUUUAUUAUCCUCCAGGAGCUGCAGAGUUUACUAAAAAAGAAGAAUAUAGCGCGGCUAUGUCGCAGGCUGGUGGAGGAUGGGCAAAAGCUAAGGGAAAAUACGAAUACGAAGCGUCUUCAAAAAGUAAAACGAAAUCGAGCAGCGGCAAAGCAGUCGUACCCGUUUGCCUACCACUUUGCUGUGCCUUGCCAUGUGUAAUUAUGUAACUUAUUUUAAUAUUAAUAUUAAUACGUUUCAAAUGAUCAAGGAAUCUAUUAGUCAUGUUAUUAUAAAUGAUCGCGCGUCAGAAUUGACCAGUCUUCCGUCAUAUGUGUAGAAAAAAAAUUUUAACAUAAAAA